UCAGAACGUGUUUCCUCUCUGUGUCCCCUAACUCUCCUGUGGGGCUCCGGGCUCGGAAACACUUUGCAUUUGGGGCGAGUGCCGCAGCCCCGGUGCAAAGAGCGUGCCACGUGCAGACCUGUGGAGCCGCGGCUGGCGGGCGCCGGCUCAGACGCGGGCGGGCAGGCGGGCGUCAUGAAGACUGGCCUCCGGACCGGGCGCUUCCAGGCUGGGCUGCGUGCACGCUCCUGACCCCGUGCGCUGCCCAACACCCCAGCUGCGGCCUGUCCUGGACCGUCCCCGAGCCCCCGAGGGGCGCCCGGCAGGAUGGACAUCAACAUGACGCGCCCGGACAACGCCACCAUUCUGAUGCUGAAGAACCCGGCCAUCGCGGUGGCGCUGCCCGUGGUGUACUCGCUGGUGGCGCUGAUCAGCAUCCCCGGCAACCUGUUCUCGCUGUGGGUGCUCUGCCGCCACAUCGGGCCGCGGUCCCCGUCCAUCAUCUUCAUGAUCAACCUGAGCGUCACGGACCUGAUGCUGGCCGCCGUGCUCCCCUUCCAGAUCGCCUACCACUGCAACGGCAACCACUGGGUGUUCGGCACGCAGCUGUGCACCGGCGUCACGCUGGUCUUCUACUCCAACAUGUACUCCUCCAUCCUCACCAUGACCUGCAUCAGCGUGGACCGCUUCCUGGGCGUGGUGUACCCGCUGGCCUCCGCGCCCUGGCGGCGGCGGCGCUACGCCCUGGCCGCCUGCCUGGGCAUGUGGGUGCUCCUGCUGGGCGCCCUGUCCCCGCUGGCGCGCACCGACCUCACCUACGCCGUGGAGGAACUGGGCAUCGUCACCUGCUUCGACGUGCUCAAGUCCACCAUGCUGCCCAGCGUGGCCAUGUGGGCCAUCUUCCUCUUCACGCUCUUCAUGGUGCUCUUCCUCGUGCCCUUCCUGAUCACCGUGGCCUGCUACACGGCCACCAUCCUGCAGCUGCUGCGCACGCCGGACCCGCAGGGCCACGCGCAGCGGCGGCGCGCGGUGGGGCUGGCGGCCGUGGUGCUGCUGGCCUUCGUCACCUGCUUCGCGCCCAACAACUUCGUGCUGCUGGCGCACAUGGUGGGCCGCCUCUUCCUGGGCACCAGCUACUACCACGUGUACAAGCUCACGCUCUGCCUCAGCUGCCUCAACAACUGCCUCGACCCUUUUGUGUACUACUUCGCGUCCAGGGAGUUCCAGAUGCGCCUGCGCGACUACCUGCGCUCCGGCCCGCCGCCGCCCCGCCCCGCGGACGCGCGCCGCGACAGCCUCUUCUCCGCCCGGACGCUGUCCACCGGCCCCGCCGACGGGCCCGACGCCGCCGCCGCCCGCCCCUUCCUGCAGAGGCAGGAGAGCGUGUUCUGAGCCGGGCCAGAGAGGGGGGCGGCCGGGAGGUCCGAGGUUUCCUUCCUGGCGCUGCCGCCUCCAUCGUGAAGGCACCGGGAAGGGUCCCCACGCUGCCGCAGGGGUGACUCCCAGCAUCGGGGCAGCGGCCCUGGCCCGCGGGCGGAGCCGGGGCGCAGGCAGACAGCAGGGUUUGGUUUUGGGGGAGACGCUGGCAAUAUGCAAGGCAGACUGGGUCCCUGCUCCUGAGGUUGGCGGCCAGGGCAGCCCCCCCCCCCCAGUGGUCGGCCAGCCCCUGCUGUGUCCCCAUCAGCCCCUGCUUGUCCUGCCGGGGCCUCCCACCCACCCCGUGGUCUGGGCCUGCCCGGUCUCAGACGCCCCGCCCUGACGUGCCCUGGACGUGGUCCACGUGUCCCAGUGGUCACUCAGGCACUGGGAUGCAAACAGACCACCGUGGAGAGGCGUCACUGUGCUCUGCAAGUUCCCCGCCCCGCACGUGAGCCGGGCGGGGGCGGGGGGCUCCGCAGCCGUGUGGUCUCACGCAGGAAGCAAGGGCGACCAGGUGGGGUGGGUCAGGCCCCGAUGGCCGAGGGCCUCCAGGGGCAUGAGCAGGGGCUGAAGUGGCCGUGUGAGGACAGUGACCGACCUGGGCUGCAGGGUGCACCCCAGGACACUUUGGGGGCAGCGCCCUGCUGAGAACCCUGAGCCACGGACAGAGACCCCCAGGUCUGAGGUGGUUUGUCCACGUGCAAGCACCCAGGCUGACCCAUGGCAUUUUGCAAGGAGAAGGCACCUGACCACACGAGCCCAGUGGAGCAGUGUCCGCCAAGCCCCUUGGUGCCCACUGGCCAGUUUGGUGCAAGACUUCCCGCACCGGGAUCCACUGGAACCGGCCUUGAGGCCUGGGCCGCUUCUGGAACCCAGGGGCCGCCAGCCCUGGGGCAUCCAGGCAGCCAAAACCGCAGGUCCUCGGAGCCGGGGAUUUGCCCAAACCCGCAGAGUUCUGGCACUUUGCACAUCGCAGGAAAGGCACCAGACAGGGGGAGAGACCUGAGCCUGCCAGGCGAGGGCUGGGAGGGGCCAUCAGGUGGUGAGAUUGGGGGGCCCAGUGGCUGAUGGAGAUUCCGCACCUCCCUUCCUGCCCCCACUGCUUUGGAAGAAAACAGACACAAGUGUACGGAGGUGAAUCCUGUGCUCCCCCAAAUCCGUGUCCCGCCGGGACCUCAGAAUGUGACCUGCUGGGUGAGGAUGACCCCGCAUCGAGUGACAGUGUCCUGAGAAGGGACAGACGAGGAGACGCAGACUCGGAGGAGAAGCCACGUGGAGACAGAGGCAGAGACGGGAGGGACGUGGCCAAUAGCCCGGGGACGCCUGGACCUCAGGCGCCUGGUCUCCAGGACGGAGAGAAUGAAUUCUCGGUGUUUCGUGGCCCAAGUUCGUGGGCACUUGUUACGGCCACCCCAGCACCAGCCCGCGUGUUGAAGCCACGCCAGGUUCCGUGGCCAGGACUCCAGCACGUAGAAAGCAUUAACCUAUGGACGGGAGAUGAAGGCCCACCCAGCCCGGUGCUGGCUCCCUGGGGACCUGCCUCCUGGGACGCAGGCGCUCGGCAGGGCACGGCGGCCACUGUGGAGUCAGGUGAAGGCUGUACAAGGCCCGUGGGGGACCCUCCACACAGACGGCGGCUCGGAGGAGUGAGGGGGCCCGCCGGAUUCUCGGUCCGCCUGAAUGUGUGUGAACUGUGGACCCUGACACCGGCCCUGCGGGGGCUGCAGACCCCCACCUGUGUCCGCAGCUAGAACCCACCCACGUGCUGUCUUGGCCCUCUGCCCACCUUGGGGACCUGGGAGUGGGUCUCAGGGUCCCCUCAGCCCAGCGCUCCCCAGGCCACGGAUACACAGGGCCAUCGCUCCCAGCGUCCGCUGCACCUGGGACGUCCCCUUUCGAGAUGCUGUCCAAGCCCAUCGGCCCUGAAUAUCCACGGGCCUGCAAGGUGAUGACGGACCUAGGAUAGGGCUUCAAUGGACGCAGGUGACUCAAAAAAGGCUGGGACCCCCAUCCUCCACAAGGGGACCCUCCCCCACCGAAACCCUGGAAUGCACCACCAACUCAACCAGAACUGGGCCACCGACCCUGGUCCACCGACACGGCGACACACCCGUGUGCCGGGAGGGAUCCUCACUCAUCGGGUGCAAAAAAACAAAAUCUGUGAGAAACCUCAAACCGCCUGCGUGGAAUGGAAAAGGUGGGACACAGGUGAUCGGCCCACAGCCAGAGUUUGGAGUACACCCGUCUACUCUGGUCAGAACGUCCCCGGAGUGGACGCUAGCUCCCGGUGGCCAGCGCGGACUGACGCACUCAGGCUCAAGGCAGCAUUUCCUCAGCAGGAGUUCCAUUGUCAUUUUGUCCUGAAGCCCGGGGGGCAGUUGGGCGGCCAACACCGCCCCCAUCGGCCUCCGGGUGCCGCCGAGGUCCCUGGACACACGCAGGGUGUCUGGGGUGCCCCACUGAGGUGCUGCGGCUUCUGGUGGCAGGCAGUCUGUCCGUCGGAGUCUGUCCUCCGACCCAAGAUGCCAGGCAGCCUCGGUCCGCGUUACAAAUGCCCACAACGCGGUGUGUGUGUUUGUCCACAGACGCACUCCGACCGUGCACCUGCUCGGCACCCCGGGGACCAACCGAGAGGGCACCUGUACGUGCACGUGACGGAAGCCAUGGCCGUUCUAUCGCAAGGACCGAACAAGCCCUGGGACAAGGAGCACCCUGAUGACACUCUGCAUUGUUCCCAGUGCACAGGGUGGACGUGUCCCUCUCUCUGGAACGCCUGAGCCCCUCUCCCUCACACGGGAACCCUCCCACCACCUCCAGGCAGCCCCCUAAAAAUCAAGAGCCAGUGCAAGGGCACGCAGACACCGUUCAUGCAUCCAGGCAUGCACGCACGCGUGAAUGCUUAUGUACGUGCCUGACACACACACACAUACCCAUGCAUUUUUGCAUACACACCUAUUUCGGUGACUUGGAAGGAAAAACAGCAGAAUGGUAGUCACAGAGAAGAGUCCCGUGUGGGUGAAUGGGGUACGGCAUUUCAUGAUGUGGUUCUGUACUAAAAGUAAUAAAAACAGAAAUACACCUGGUGUGUUGGAGACCGUGUCAGGAAGGCCUUGCCCGACCCAGGGUGACCGGCUUGGGGACUGCCGGGACCAUCUCCAUUCACAGCUGCUGGAUCUGGAAGAAGCAAACCUUCCCCAGACUCCUGGUUUAUGUUUUUGUUUUUGCUGUUUUCUACUUCCUUCUGAUUUUUGUUUGGAGUGUGCUCAAACACACACGACACCCCAUCUGCCCUCUUACCCCUUUGGCGGGGCACAGCUCAGCGGCAUGAGUCACACCCACAUGGUGUGCUGCCGUCCCCACCACCGUCAUCUCUGGAACUUUGUCACUGCCCUGCAUGGAAGCUCUGUCCACAUCACACACUGAGUGCCCACUGCCCGCCCCAGCCCCCGACGCCCCGUCUCUGUGAAUCCCUCGGUUCCAGGGCCCUCCUGGGAGCGGAACCCUACAGGGCUUGUGCUUUGGUGACCGGCUUCCCUGCCACGUCUGCUGUGGCUCCUGCUGGCUUCUUAUUGCCACGAUGCUGUGGGGGCUCAUGAUGCCGUGGCACCCACCUGUCUGCCAUUAUCAGGGCGGGGUAACCACAUUUCCAUCCACACUACGGUGGUUGUUAUACAGAAAGCUGCAGACAGCAUCUCAAUCAGUGUACGCUGGCCACAAUUUGACCUCAGCCUCCCCCAAGGUCCUGUCAAAAUAUCACCAUGACCCCUACCUGCUGUCCCACUGGGCCACGGCCCUGUCUUCCGUCCCACCUCCCGACUCUUCCUGCAGACGGCACGGACAAGGGCAGCUUCAGACUUGCCAAGCCUCCAGAACACCGUCUGCCAACGCAGAAAUCAGCCCCGGCUCCCGAGGCCUGUGCAAGAGCCGCAAGCCUGGUCCCCGACUUUUUAACAUUGUGUUUUCUAAUCUGUCUUGGGACGUGUCUGUGAUUCUCUGAUGCAAAAAAUAAACAAACA